GAUAAAUUGGAAGAAUGAUGGAGAGGAGAGGGAUCGCUUAAUUGUAGUUUUGUAGGAGAUAAGAGUAUGUUUGGAAGGGUUUUUAUGACUACUUAUAGAAAACUUAAGAGGAGAGAAAAUUGUAGUUCGCUCCCAACUACCAAUGGCUCCAUAUGGCGACUUUACACAGACAUAAAAAGAAAAUGGGUCUGAGAAAAAGCCAACAUGAAAAUUAUUAGAUAUUAACAAUGAAAACACUAAAGACCAAGAAUAUAAGACCUUAGCCCAAUAAAUUGAAAUUGGUCUGUCUUAGACAAAAGGACUUUGAGAUGAAUCAGAAAGAAAGAUACCCUCAAGAAUAGAAGAAAAAGGUUAACCCAUAGUCUGUCUUAUCGAAUUUCCAUUGGAAGAUAGAAGAAAAGCUCAUGAAAUCAAGUCUGAGUAUCAUUAAAAAAAUUGGGUAAAAAUAGCCUAGGAAAGAUGCUCACUUGUUUAGAUGUCUCUAUUAUAGUUGGAGGAACGAGUAACAACGAGUGCCUACAUAAAGAAGAUAAUGAAGAUGCAAGACCCUCCUCAAUAUUUUCAUUUAUGUCAGGAAAUGCCAUGUUCGUCCCAUUUGAAAGGAGCAUCUCUGGAUUCCCU